CAACCGAAGCGACUGGAUCACUUAUCACACAAAUCUUGUCGAAGGCUUUUCUGAAAGGAAUUGUUUCUCAGGGAAAAGCAAGGAUGCGGCAUGUACUGCUUUUGCUCCUCGGAGCUCAUCUGGCUUAUGCUGGCACCCACUCAUUCAAAGCCUUUUACACAGCAACAACCGGGGUCACCAACUACCCUGAGUUUACAGCUAUAGGUGUUGUUGAUGGCAUGUUGAUAACUCAUUAUGACAGCAUAAGCAAGCAGACAGUUCCCCGCACAGAAUGGAUGAAGAAUUCAGAGGGUCCAGACUACUGGAAACAACAGACUGAAGUCAUUGUGGGUACAGAGCAAACUUUCAAAAACAACAUACAAGUAGCAAUGGGUCGUUUCAAUCAAACUGGAGGUGUGCACACAGUCCAGCUGAUGUAUGGCUGUGAGUGGGAUGAUCAGACUGAAGCAACAAAUGCGUUUCAUCAGUUUGGUUAUGAUGGAGAGGACUUUGUGGCUUUGGAUUUUAAUGAGCUGAGAUUUAUUUCAGCAGUGCAGCAAGGAUUGCUUACUGCAUGGAAGUGGAACAAUGACAGAGGCUUCCUUGAGACUGACAAACAUUACCUCAGCGCUCAGUGCAUUGAGUGGCUGAAGAAAUAUCUGCAUUAUGGAAAGAGCAGCCUGGAGAAAACAGUCUCUCCUCAGGUGUCUCUGCUGCAGAAGGAUCCCUCAUCUCAAGUGGCGUGUCAUGCUACAGGUUUUUACCCCAGCGGAGUAACAAUAUCCUGGAUGAGAAAUGGACAAGAACAUGAUGAGGAUGUGGAGGUUGGUGAACUUCUUCCCAAUGAGGACGGGACCUUUCAGAAGAGGAGUACCAUCACAGUUACACCUGAAGAGUGGAAGAACAACAAGUUCAGCUGUGUGGUGGAGCACCAGGGCAAGAGUGUGACAGAGGAUGAGAUCAGGACAAACAAUGGAGAUUCUGUUCCCAUUGGCAUCAUUAUUUGUGCUGUUGUUGCUGUUAAUACUGCCAGCUCCCUGUUGGUUCUUGCUAUAUGUGUAAGAAGAAAGAGAUAUAUGCUGCAUGAGAAGAAAGAGAAAUUAGCCUCUGCCUGCUCAAGUGUUAAAAACACAGAGAGCCUAAAAACCUGUGACGACCGAAUUGCUGGAAGCAAAAGCCUAAUACCUCUGGACCCUGGAUAUUGCAGUAACUUAGAUAGUGGAUCAGAUAAUGGCUCUGUUAGCUCUGACAGCUCAAGUUGUGACAGCACCACAACUUUAUUACACAAGAUGACUGCGAAUGACACAAGAUGACUAGGUAAUGCUACACCACACUUCUUCUUUAAUGCAGUUGGUGGAGAACAUGAGAAGAUAACCAGAGAUAUCAGAGAUAUUUUUAAUCAAUUGUUUCUAUGCGUCGCUUGUGCAGUCAUGCAGAAUUAAUUUCAGAUAAGCUGUUUUUGUUAAGUGGGCAUGCAUAAUGCACGAUGUAUCUUUAGAAACCAGUGUAAAUGGUUGGUCUUUGGUUGUGGGUGUGAAUUUGUGUUUUAUGAGUGCAUAUUCAUGUGCGCAAGAGUAUGUAUUUGUGUUCUGAAUGUAAAUUUGUGUGUAACUUUGAUUAAAGGGGGAAAUAACUUAGGAAAAAAUUAAAAUUAGGAAAUAACUAAUUACAGUGCCUUAACAUUGUUGUGGAUUUAAAUAUGUUAUUCUUAUCAUGUAACUCUCCAUUUGUUGCUUUGAAAUAAAUUACAACAAACAGUCAAGCAUUAAAAGUUUAUUUUAUCCCUGG